CGCCCGGCCUCCUUAAGGGAAGGAUUUCCCCGUCUCCUCGACACACCGGGUGUUGCUGUUCUCCCAGUGACCGACCCCACGCCCAGACCAGACCCCGCACCCCGACCCCCGGCCUCCAUCGGGGGCGGAACGAGUCCUGGCAUCACGCUGCCCACGGGGACCCUAUUGAAGGUGACACUGCGCCGCCCGGUUUAGAUAUUGGACCGGAAGUUGGUCCGUCCUGCGCGGAGAGGAUAAAGAUGGCUUCACGAGGAAAGAGUGAAACAAGCAAACUGAAGCAGAACUUAGAGGAGCAACUAGACAGGUUGAUGCAGCAGUUACAGGAUCUCGAUGAGUGCAGGGAGGAACUUGAAGCUGAAGAAUAUGAGGAAACGAAACAGGAAACAUUGGAGCAGCUGAGUGAAUUCAACGAGUCUCUGAAGAAAAUCAUGUCCGGAGAUAUGACAUUAGUUGAUGAACUCAGUGGAAUGCAACUUGCAAUCCAGGCAGCAAUAAGCCAGGCUUUCAAAACUCCAGAGGUAAUCCGAAUGUUUGCAAAGAAGCAGCCUGGGCAGCUCCGAACGCGACUUGCUGAGAUGGAGCGAGAUGUAAUAGUAGGAAAGUUGCCGCGGGAUGUCUAUACGCAGCAGAAGGUUGAGGUACUUACAGCGCUAAGAAAGCUGGAAGAAAAGCUAACUCCAGAAGAAGAAACAUUCCUCCUGGCGAAUGCCAGUACUAUACUCAGUCAUUUUGAGAAAGUCUCUGGAAAUCUAGGAACUGGAGAUAAAGUAUUUGCCCUUGCCAGUUCAGGAGUUGAGAUCCCAAAGAAAUGAGGAGAGAUUUGUAUUCCAGUUUUCCACAUAACUGCCUGUUUGCUUUGUUUUGUAUUUUAAUGUCCUGUUUGACUUUGAAAUAAACCUGAACGAAAUGUAAAGUUAAAACAGUACCUGUAUAUACAUGUUGUUUUGUAUGCACAGCCUUUCCAAAUGUUUUCUGUAUGUACUCAGCUUUAAACACUAAAAUUAACAUCUUAAAUUAAUCUCCUUU